UUAUUACUUACCCUGUUUUAUUUCAGCUUUUUAAAAAAAUUCUCAUGAUAUACAAAGUAUUUUCUUUGCAAUCUGUUUACAUAUUGAAAAGAUAAGUUGUUUUGGUUGAGUUUUAGUUUCGUACAAAGAUGUUAAUCUCCUCUCUUUUAUAAAGUUUACAUUAGAAGUUAUAAAGUUUCAUAGACAAAAUUUUAUCUCCUAUAAAAGUUAUACUCAGUACAAGUUAUGAAGUUUCAAAGAUUUACAUAGUUUUCUAUUAGCUGAUAAUAGUAUUCAAAGUAGCAGUUGCAAGAAGUCUCAAUUUUUUUGCUUGCAAGUUGUAUAAUUGAUUUUGAGUUUUUCAAAUGAUGCGAACUACAUUUCUUGAUAGAAGUUAUGGUUCUCUGGGAGUGUGUUACAGUGUUUUCUUUUUACCUGGAAGCUUUAACGGUGAUGGCGUUUAUUUACAAGUCCAAACACUCUUGUUGAACAUGUGAAUUUUAUUUGUGUACUUGCAUUUCGAUCUGGGGUCAUCCAGUGAUAAUUUGGAAAUGAAUGACUCCAUGAUAGUUUUAGAUAAUUGAAUUCUUUAAAGUUUGAAAGUCAUGCCAUGCUAGAAUUAUUUGUGUAGUGUGGUUUAAUUUAGCGUUAAAAUAUGAAAGCAUGUUGGUAAUGCAAGGUCUUGUUUGAACCUGUUAGUUAACUACAUGCUUAAUUCAGGUUUUCAUGUAUUGAUAAACUGUGCAUUCCUUUAUAAAAUUUGUAAUAGAGUCAUUAAUACGUUGAAAUUCGAAUCGUAUUAGGCUGCUUUUUUAACUUGAACUCUCUUUUUAGACCUAUGAUAAUCUGACAUGUUUUAAAGCAAUUCAUCCUUUUUUGAGUUUCGUAGAAAAUUCAAAUUACACACAAUUUUGCUAAAAGAAGGAAAAAAGCUCGGGUGUCCGGGUUACUGACCCACUUUUAUUCCCUUAAUUUGUUUGAACUUCAUGUUAAUAAAGGUUAUUUCUUUAUUUUUAAAAAUAUCCAACCUCUUUUUUCUGGGGAGCUUCUAAUGAUAAGAAAAAAUAUCACUGGGCCAAUUGGGAUAGCCUUUGUUUUCCAACUUAGGAAGGAGGAUUGGGGGUCAGGUCUCUGGCCUCUCUGAAUAAAGCUUUUGACUUUAAAAUCUGGUGGAAAUGGAAGACUGAUGACUCCUUAUGGGCAGACUUUAUUAGGGCAAGAUACAGGAGGGGGGAGAAUAUGGCUCCUAAAAUCUAUGAUUCAGUAGUUUGGAGAAGGAUUUGCCAUAUUCAUGAAGAAGCUGCCUCACUAUGUACCGUUGAUAACACUGGUACUUUACUUUGGAAUGAAGAGAUCAAAGGUCAUUUCACACUUAAGUCAGCUUAUGAAGAAGCCAGAGUCAAACAAGAUUCCACAUUUACAUUUAAACAUAUUUGGCAUUCUCAACAGGAACUAAAGGUGAAGCUUCUUUUGUGGAAAAUUAUUAAAGGUCUUCUUCCUAUUUCUGAUCAGCUCAAAAGGUUUAAGAUGGUCCUAGAACCAUCAAUGUGUGUUAUGUGCAGGAAUCACUCUGAUAAUCUUAACCAUAUCUUUUAUCAAUGUCAUAAUGUGAAACUGGUGUGGCACUAUUUCAUGAAGCUUUUUGAGAUUUCUAUCCCUCAAAGUGAUAACAUUGCCCAAGUUUUUAGAAAUUGGUGGAUGAAAGCAGGUACCAAAAAUGUGAUGGAUAUUUUUAAACAUAACUUGCCGGGAAUUAUCAGCUGGCAAGUGUGGAAGGUCUACGCCAAUCUAGUUUGGGGUAAUCCAUCAGGCAACACGGCUCCUUCUCCUAAAGGCCUUAUAUCUCAAAUUAAGGCUUAUACUCAAAAUUGGGUACGGUCCUUUCCUAAAUUACACAAUAACUCUGUCAAUAGCAUCUUGAAGGAAGAACAGAUAGUCACGUGGAAUUUCCAAGCAAGAGGCAAUUCAUUACAGAUAAUUAGGUGGAGAAAACCGAAUAAUUGUUACAAAAUGAACGUUGAUGCGCGAUACUUAUCUGGAGAAGCUUCAGGAGGAGCAAUUAUUCGGAACUCUGAGGGAGACAUGCUCUGGGCUACUUCUUUCCCACUAGCAGCUGUUAAUUAUCACGAUUAGGCUAAGAUAAACGAUAAAUUUAAAGCAAGAACACAAGAAUUUACGUGGUUCACGCAAUCGGUGUGAUUACGCUAGUCCACGGCGAACGAGAGAGAGAUGUAUUAUUAUUCCAGCGUCUGGUGUGUUUUCAGAUACAUUAGGGAUGUUUAAAUAGGUUUAAGAAAGCCUAAAUAAGGGUUAAGGCCGCAGGCCCAAAAAUUAAUCCCGUCAUUAAUUUUUCCCGUAUACUCGAUCGAGUAUACAUACAUACUCGAC